AUGGACGACGACUGCGAUAGAAAGGAACGAAUGGCAAAUGUACUGACGUCCGCACAACUCGUGAAGAUGGACCGCCCAAGUGCUGAAGAAAUAUCGGUAGCUGUGCUUCCGAUUGGAAACGUCGGUCUCCUUUUGAGCUUGAGAAGCCCUGCUGGAUGCUUAAAUAUUCCGCUGUACAUCGCAGUUCAGUAUCCAAGAACAACUCUCAGCCACGGUGAGGCGGCCGUUUGCCAGACAUCCGGAGUAGUACGGAGUGCUAGCUGUCCACCGCCAACUUAUGUCUACAGCGGUAGUCAAGAGAGCACUUCUCAUGACACCGCUACUCAAGCCGCUAAGGAAGCCGUCUUCAACAUGCUCUACCAGUAUCAGGCUAUCCCAGUUAAAGCAAAGAUUCUGUCGGACUGUAUAUUAUCAACUUUGGACGAGAGUGAAGUCACAAAUCUUCUCGAUAGUGCAGGAUGGUCUCGCAGCGAUUAUUUGAGAGGGUAUCGAACGAUGGUGAGCGUAACCACUUUGUGUAUUCCUCCUCGAAGAGAACUUAUUGGAUGA